CGCAAACAGAGUUCGAUCAAAACUCGCCAAUAUGGCUUCAACUUUGGACGUCCUCCACCCUAAAAAGCUCGAUCAAACCAUGCUUCGCAUGUAUAUACGCCAACUAUUAGUGUUUCCUUUUCCGGACGUCAGUGUAGACCGGAAAGAGGAGGCGCUGGCGGGCUUGGCCUUGGGAUUGCUCGUUACAUUGAAACAGUUCCCCUUUCUCGCCGGCACGAUCGAACAAACGAGUCCUUCUACUGGAGCUAUGACUGUGCGAUAUCCUAGCAGCAUAAGUCUGGAGGAUGUGUCGCGCAUACUCAAGGUGACCAAUCCAGGGAUCGACGAACUCAGCUACGACACAUUGUGCGAAGCAGGCAUACCUCCAUCACGUCUUCACAGUGAGGAUCUCUGCCCAGUGUAUUUGCGUUCUCAUGCCGGAUUGGACGACCAGUUUGCUGGAGGCCUCACUACGUUUGCAAUGGGGGUUCCCAUACCUGUUUUCGCUGCACAGAUCAACUUCAUCUCAAAUGGACUCAUAUUGAGCGCAUGUACCCACCAUAGCGUUGUUGAUGGCACUGGAAUUGCAAGAGUCUAUCAACAAUGGAGUAAACAUACUCAUAUCUACAGCAACGGAAUGGGAAUACCAGAGCAGAUUAAAACAUCCAGUCUUAAUGGGGCAUGGCAUGCGUUUGAUUCUCCAAUUCUGGAUAAACCAAGACUGGAUCCCCCAGAGUUUCGGUAUCCUGGCGACUUAGCUUGUAAUCCACCAUUGCGUGACGCUCCGUACGAGCUCCGUGCCAAGGUUAUAGUGUUUUCAGUAGCUACAGUCUUUCAACUUGCUGACAGGCUUUCGGUGUUCAGUAAGAAGCAUAUUUCUACAUUCGCUGCGCUCACGGCCCUUUUGUGGUGCCAAAUCACCAACGUCCGCCGAGAUGCUAUGACCACGAAGGGAAUCAAGGAAACGAAAGUUGGGGUUGCAAUCGACCACUGCAAACGCAUUGGAUCCCUGCUUCUAAGUGAUUAUGUUGGCAACUGUGCAAAUGGUAUGACAGUAUCCCUCCCUUUAUCAACGAUAUCCUCAGGCGAAGCUCUGAACGGUAGACAAUUCGCACACAUCGCCGUCGCCAUUUCCAACGGUCAAGGCGAUAUUGAUAUUGACUGGUUCAGAAACCGCUUAUCAGCCAUGUCCAAGCAAGAUAACUCUUCAAGACUGCUUUUGAAUGUCGACACUCGUAACGGGCCCGACGUAAUCAUCUCAAGCUGGAUGCACAUCGGUGCAGAUGACGUAUGGGCUAUCCCUGGUACAACGAGCGCGGAGGAAGAACACAAAAAUGUGCGGAGAUGGAGAUGUAAACCCACUGCUAUUAGGAAGCCCCGAUGUGCGAAUGAAGGUAGUAUCCUGAUCCUGCCUGCAGGGAAUCAAUGGAGACUCCGUUUGGAAUCUCGAUCUGUCUGA